AUGGGUAACACCGGUUCGAAACAGUCGUCGAAGAGCAAGACGAAGUCAUCUGAACGUCCGCCGAAUUUUACCAGGACAGACACGUCUCAGUCUGUCAAAAGUGGGCGUUCUUUACGAUCGGCAAUCUCGAGGCGAUCGCAGUCAUCUUCAGUGGCAGACACGCCAGGAACACCGGGACAAGGAUCAAAUGACGCAGAAGGUACACCGCAGGCAUCGCAGGCGCCUCAGGCGUUUUCGGGUGUUUUUGGAUCUGGAAGUAAACGUGAUUCACUAGCACAGCCGCCCCUUUCCAAGAGAGGCAGUAGCGCUAGCGUUUUACAAGACUCAAACGUUCCACCGUCCCCUUCGCUCGGGAGAUCGAUACACCGAUCUUCUAGUUCUGGCGGUGAUUUGCCACCUUCAAUGAUACAAAUGGAACCGAAAUCGCCAAUUUUGAAAAACGGAACUACGACUGCGAGUCUAAGCCCUGGAGGAUAUUCUAACUACUACGAGAACGCUUUGACGGACGACGACGAUAAUGACGAGAACCAGUCACAUCACCACCGACGUCGCAGCAGCGAAACGCGGCGGCACUUGCAGAAAUCACCAAGCAUUGGGAGCAGGAGCAAUAGUGUUGCUAGUACUCGCAAAAAAAGUGGGAACGGUGGAAUGCAUUUGGAACUCCCAGAUGGCGCUUCUCCUUCUCAAGUGAGUCGUUCUUCGUCGCAUUCAUCCGCCGGUACACACAGCAGAAAAUCCUCGUUUGCAAGUAGCAUGGGAAAUUCUAUCUACAGCACACCGAUGAAUUCGCCAGGACUUUUGAGAAAUCAAUCUGGUGACUAUUUCGGUGAAAAUUCAACAAACGGGACUGAAGGUGCCAAACCUCAUCAUUCGGGUUCUAGGAGCGAUUCGAUAGAAGAAUAUCCGCAUGACGUACCUCACGGGCUAGACGUAGACGAUGACGGGACCGAAUCUCUAUCUACCAAAAAUACCAAAAGGAAGAAAUCAAUAAAGCCUCUUGAUAUUGAUGAAACCAUACAAAAGCUACUGGAUGCUGGAUAUUCCGGAAAGCGAACAAAAAAUGUGUGUUUGAAAAAUUCCGAAAUAGCGCAAAUAUGUUAUCAGGCUCGCGAAAUGUUCUUAGCGCAACCUUCACUUCUUGAGUUAUCGCCACCCGUUAAAAUUUUAGGAGACGUUCAUGGUCAAUAUGCCGAUUUGCUGCGGUUAUUCACCAAAUGCGGCUUCCCUCCGUCAGCGAAUUACCUAUUUUUGGGUGAUUAUGUCGAUAGAGGUAAACAGUCUCUGGAAACGAUCUUACUACUUCUCUGUUACAAGAUCAAAUAUCCAGAAAAUUUCUUUUUGCUGAGAGGCAAUCAUGAAUGUGCCAAUGUAACGAGAGUCUAUGGGUUUUACGAUGAAUGCAAGCGUCGUUGCAAUAUCAGAACAUGGAAAAUCUUUAUUGACACUUUUAAUACUCUACCACUAGCGGCCAUUGUCGCGGGCAAAAUUUUUUGUGUGCAUGGUGGGUUAUCGCCAGUUCUGAAUUCCAUGGAUGAGAUUAGGCAUGUUAGUCGACCCACUGACGUCCCGGACUUUGGUCUGAUUAAUGACCUUCUGUGGUCUGACCCGACCGACUCUCCGAAUGAAUGGGAAGAUAAUGAACGAGGAGUGAGCUACUGUUACAAUAAGGUUGCCAUCAACAAGUUUCUGAACAAAUUCGGAUUUGAUCUAGUUUGCCGAGCGCAUAUGGUGGUAGAGGAUGGUUACGAAUUUUUUAACGAUCGAAGUCUUGUGACUGUAUUUUCUGCUCCAAACUACUGUGGUGAAUUCGAUAACUGGGGUGCUGUCAUGAGUGUUAGUGAGGGACUACUCUGCAGCUUUGAGCUGCUAGAUCCUUUGGACAGCUCAGCAUUGAAACAAGUCAUGAAAAAGGGAAGACAAGAAAGGAAGCUUGCCAACCAGCAGCAACAAACGCAAGAGUAA